ACGGUGCUGGGUGGGGGGAAGGGCUGGGAGAGGCCCAGGGAAGGAGGUGAGGUGUGGGAGCCUGCUGGGCACGGGGCACAGGGAGGCCAGAAGCAGUGGACGGGCAGGCCCAUGACUUCCCUGGGUGCCCAGCUCUGCCGGGCAGCGUUCCUGACGGCCAUCUUGCUACUGCUGAGGACGAAGGGGGUGAAACUUCAGAAGGGGGACUCAGACCCCGAUGAGAGGAGUCAGAAAGAAAAAAUACCCUCCAUAGACCAGGAGCAGGAGCCGGAGCCGGAGCAGAAGCAGGAGCAGGAUCAGGAGCAGAAGCAGGAGCAGGAUCAGGACCAGAAGCAGGAGCAGGAUCAGGACCAGAAGCAGGAUCAGGAGCAGAAUCAGGAGCAGGAUCAGGAGCAGAAGCAGGACGAGGAGCAGAAGCAGGAGCCGGAGACAGAGAUGGAGCCGGAGACAGAGACAGAGCCAGAGCUGGAGCAGAUUCAGGAGUCAGAGCAGAACCAGGAGCUGGAGCCGGAGCAGAAUCAGGAGCAGGUGCUGGAGAAGGAUCAGGAGCCAGAGCAGGAGCUGGAGAAGGAUCAGGAGCCAGAGCAGGAGCCGGAGAAGAAUCAGGAGCCAGAGCAGGAGCCGGAGAAGAAUCAGGAGCCAGAGCAGGAGAGGGAGGAGGAGCAAGGGCAGGAUCAGGAUCAGGAGCAGGAGCCGGCGCAGGAGCCAGAGCAGGAGCAGGUACUGGAGCUGGCGCAGGAGCGGGAGCAGGAGCGGAAGCAGAAGCCGGAGCAACUGGAAGACAACUUCGUGGCCUCCUCUGUGGGCGAGCAGUGGGAGCAGGUGGACAUGGCCCAGCAGGAGACAUCCGAGACAGCAGCCGUCCGCCACCACCUGUUUGACCUGGCCUUCUGUUUUAAUCUGGCCAGCAUCAUGGUUUUUUUAUGAGGGACGUGGAAGCUGAGGUGGUGGCCUGGUUCCUGGACGAGGACCUGGAUGUCUACCUCCGCUUCAUGAUCGCGUACUGACCCUCUCCCACGAUUCCAGGCCUCCCCCUCCCGGGGAGCGCAGACCUAGCUUCCUGCGCCCACCUGGGCCCUUCCCUGCAGCCCACAGCCUCCUAGAAGGCCUGGUCCGGUCACGCAGUGGCCAGUCGCCUGCGCCUGGUGGCCUCCCCUGCUCUGAGCGUCCUCUCCCAGGUCAGAGAGACCAGCCCCUUGGCCUGCUCCCUCCUGGUCUCUCCUGGCUUUGUUCAGGACAGCAGAUUAGAGGGAGGAGACAGUAACAAUAAAAGUAAUAGCAAUAAAAUCUCAGGACAAUCGGGGGCAGCUUUCCGAG